AUGGAAAGCAACGAUGACACCGAUGCACGGAUGCAAGAAAUGUGUGAUGAUGUCGCGGCGCUCGCAAUCGAGUGGCAGACUGAAAUGAAUAACAAUUAUGUUGAAGCAUACAGAAUUGCCUCCGACUACUACAGGGCACACGUGCUUAAAGUUCCAUGUCGGACGUCCAUCUUGACGGGGAGGGCAUGGAUUUUGGAAAUGUAUAAUGGACACAGUGGCAGAUUUCGCUAUGAACUGUGCAUGCCCAAAGUCAUUUUUACCCGUUUAUGUGCCACACUAGUGAACGACUUCGGGUUGCAUGUACUUGAGCGGGACCACGACUUGCACGUUGAGGAAAGUGUUGCAAUCUUCAUUCAUGUUCUAAAAAACUUGCCUAACCGCGAGCUUCAAGAAAGAUUCCAACACUCCAGUGAAACAAUAUCACGCCAUUUUCAUAAUGUUCUGAAAGCAAUGAAAAAGUUUAUUGUUGCGCACUGUCGGCCGCCCACAGAUUUCCAAAACAGGAGGGAUCCCCACCUGCAGACCCAACCACAGUAUUUGCCGUUUAAGGGUAGCAUGCAUAACAGUCGGAUUUUAAACAUUGUCACCGAGGAUCCGCAAUAUAAUUUUCCAACUGUAGUGGAUGGUCGCUAUUAUCUAGUGGAUAGUGGAUACAGUAAUAAGAAGGGAUUUCUCGCACCAUAUAAGGGCAGAAACUAUCACCAACCACACUUUCAACGUCACAAGUCGAGGAAUCAUGACGAGUUGUUCAACCGUGCCCACUCUUCAUUGCGGAGUGUGAUUGAGCGAACAUUUGGCGCUUGGAAGUCACGGUGGAGAUUCUUGCACAACAUGCCUCAGUUUGACUUUCGUAGAGUCCAGGUGCCGUUGGUGGCUGCAUCUAUGGCAUUACACAAUUUCAUACGCAGAAACUGCGAGGAUGAUGCGACCAUUGCUACUGUCAGAAAUGCGGCGGAGUACACGUAUGCCAAUAUUCCCGAUCGCGCAAAUUUGGCUGCCCUAGACGAAGCCGUCGUGGCUACGGACGAGGACGUUGAAAUGGCGGAGGUGCGUCAUCAAAUAAGGGCUGAGUUAUACCAAAUUCGGCGCAAUGGUAGGUAG